AUGGACGAGGAGACGGGGCUGCGCGAGCCCCUGUUGGCGGACGAGGGCGGAUCCGAGCGGCACGAUGAGGUGGAGCGGCGCGUGGGCUUCGCCUCGCGCGACAACCUCGUGGAGAUGUCUGAUGAAGCGGCGGGCGAGGAGAGCGGGGGCUUUCCGGUGGCCUCGAGUAGCGAUGAAGACGACGAGGACGCGACCCCGCCGGCGGAGACGUUCACGUGGCGCGGGGAGCUCGCGGCGAUUUGGGCUCUGGGAUGGCCCAUGGGCAUCUCUUACGCGUGUCGAAUGGGCAUGGCCUCGACGGACAGCGUCAUGGUGGGGCACCUCAAAGAUGGAGGGCACGACCCGGGGACGUACUUGGCCGCAUCCGCCCUCAGCGACAUGGUCACCACGCUUCUCGUCGUCCCGCCGCUGGCGUUCAACCAGGUGCUCAACGCGUUGUGCGGUCAGGCCGUGGGCAGCGGCAGGAAGAAGAUGGCCGGGGUCUGGCUGCAGCAGUCGUGCUUCUGGCUCGCCCUCGGGAUGCUCCCGUUUCUGACGGGGUUCUUCUUCGUGGACAAGAUCUUGCACGCGCUCGGCUUCGACCCGGUCAUCUGCGAGCUCGCGGGUUCCUACGCGCGAUGGAACGUCUUCUGGCCCAUCCCAAACGGGUGGUACCAGUGCAUGCGCUUCUACUUCCAGGCGGUGGGCAAGCCGCGGCCCGCGAUGUACAACUCCGUUUUCUUCCUCUUCGUCAAUGCGCUGCUCAACUGGUUCUUCGUCUUUGGCGGACCGCUUCGCCACGCGAGGGUGUGCGGGUGGGACUGGCGCGACCCGGACAGGUGCGUCGAGGGCUGGCGCGGCUUCGGCUUCAUCGGCGCGGCGAUCUCGCUGAGCUUCAGCCGGUGCCUCCAGCCCCUCGCGUACUGGCUGUACAUGUUCGUGUGGCGAAAGGAGCACCUGGAUUUUUGGCCGGGUUGGAAGCGAUCGGAACACACGAAGGCGAGGACGCUCGAGUUUCUCAAGCAGGGUCUGCCCCUGGUGGGCACCCUGGUGUUCGGCGCGGUGGUGGGACAGGCGACGACGCUGCUGGUGAGCAGGCUCGGCACCGACGCCGUCGCGGCGACGACGUCGGUGAGCACCGCCACCGUCGUGUGGGCGGGUGCGGUCAACGCGAUGUUCUCGAUGGUCAUCGCCGUCCGCGUGGGGUACCACCUCGGCAGAGGCGACGGCGCCGCGGCGAGGGACUCCUUCUGGGUCAGCACCGCGCUGGUGUUCGGGUUGCUCGCGUGUGUCGCGGCGUGCGUGUUGCCGUUCACGUCCGAGACGGUGGGGUUGACAACCUCCGACGGAACCGUGGUGAAGAACGCGGCGAGGGUGCUGCCGGCGGCGCUCGCCGCGACGAUCCUCGGCGUGCUCAACUCGCUGUGCACCGGGGGCGUGUUCAGCGGCCAAGGGCGGCAGAUGCUCGUCACGUUCCUCUCCUUCGCGGUGGAUAUACCGCUUUCCAUAGGCGGCGUCGCGGUGGUUGUGCUGUGCGUGAGGGGAGCGACGCUGGAGGAUGUGUACUUGUACCAGGUGGCGGCGGCGUUGGUCGAGCUGAUGAUCGCGUACGCCUUCAUAUUCAAGUCGGACUGGCGCAGGCUCUCGGAGGAGGCGCUCGCCAGACAGAGGGCGAGAUGAUGCGUAGUCUACGUUCGCGGCGUGUUCAUAAACGAUGCGUUGAAAUGUGAUGAUACUGCGAUAGCC